AUCGAUAACACAACAACAAACCAACAACGAGUCGUAUUCUUCUGAUUUAUUAAAAUGUUAAUUUAAUUCGUGGCAAUGGAACUACCUUAACAAGCCUUUAAGGGACCUGCCAAAAGUGGCUGGGGAAAACCCUGCACGUCACAUUUCGCCGCCUGACCGAACAACUAUGGAUACAUGAAGCCAUUCACGAAGUAACGCGAAGUCAACAUGUCAAUGAACCCCAACCCCGGAGUCCUCCAGAAUGCACCCUCCUUCUCGCCGAAGGACAGGGAAAGGGCGACCAGCUCCUCGCAGCGCAAUCUGCUCGAGUUCCUGUGCAUUUGCGUGGCCUGCCUCGCCUGCUACUACAACAGCACGCAGUGCGGGCUGGUCUUUGACGACAUUAGUGCCAUUAGGGACAACAAGGACUUAAGACCUCACACGCCGCUGCGCAACGUCUUCCUCAAUGACUUCUGGGGCACGCCGAUGCGCAAGGAGCAGUCCCACAAGUCCUACCGCCCACUUACCGUUCUAACGUUCCGAUUCAACUACUUGCUGCAUGCGCUGGAGCCGUUUGGCUACCACUUCGUCAACCUGCUGCUGCACUUGUCGGUCUGCCUGUUGUGGCGACGGGUCUGCCGGCUGCUGCUCCGCCAGUGUGCCUCGUCGGGCAGUAAUGCAACCUCGGCCUCGGCCUCACCAUCAUCCUCAGCCUCAGCCUCCCAGCUCAACACAUGCGCCUUUGUGGCUUCGUUGCUCUUUGCCGUUCAUCCGGUUCACACGGAGGCCGUUACUGGCGUCGUCGGGCGCGCUGAAUUGCUCUCUUCCAUUUGCUUCCUGGCCGCAUUUCUCAGCUACACGAGGUCCGUCGGCGACUCGGGCUGCCCUCGUCGAACCAAUUGGCUGGCGCUUUUCGCCUGCUUUGGCAGUUGUUUGCUGGCCUCCAUGCUGUGCAAGGAGCAAGGUAUCACCAUCGCCGGCAUCUGCGUGGUCUACGAGUUGUUCGUGGUGCAUCAACUGCGGCCGCUGCAUCUUUGCCACUUUGUGUUGCGUCUGUUCGAGGAGCACACCGAACAGCAGUCGCCCAAGUUGACGAAUCCCUCGGGCAUCCGACGCUGGUCUUCCUCGGUGCUGUGGAAACGAUUGAUCUUUCUGGCCGGAAUCACGUUGGCCCUGCUGGUGGGCCGUGUCUAUGUGAUGGGCUCCCAGCUGCCCAUCUUUACGCGGUUCGACAAUCCAGCCUCGGCGGCGGAUACGCCCGAACGGCAACUCACCUACGGCUACCUGAUCUACCUGAACUGCUGGCUGCUGCUCUGUCCCUCGUUGCUCUGCUGCGACUGGACAAUGGGCACUGUUCCGAUGCUGCAGGGAUUUGCGGAUGCCCGCAACUUGACUACACUGUUUACCUUCAUGGCGCUAGGGACUUUGGUGGCAAAGGCGUGCUUCACCCGCAACUUGGCCAGGUCGCGGACUCUUAUUAUGUGUCUCGGCUGGAUGGUGCUGCCCUUCCUCCCAGCCUCCAAUCUGUUCUUCCCAGUGGGCUUUGUGGUGGCAGAACGCAUUUUGUACAUGCCAUCCAUGGGCUACUGUUUGCUGGUGGCCUACGGCUUUGAGCAGCUCCAGCGUCGUGGGAGUCCUACAUGGCGUCGGAUUGGACAGGCAGCCCUGGCUGUUCUGCUGCUCACGCACGCUCUGAAAACGCAUCAGCGUAAUUCAGACUGGCGAACAGAGUACUCUCUCUUUAUGUCUGGCGUACACGUAAAUCAACGCAACGCCAAGUUGUACAACAACGUGGGGCACGCUUUGGAAAACGAGGGAAAGUUUGAAGAGGCAUUACUCUACUUCCAGCAGGCCGUGCGCAUACAGGCCGAUGACAUUGGAGCCCAUAUCAAUGUAGGUCGCACAUUCAAUAAUCUCAAGCGGUAUGCGGAGGCGGAACAAGCUUAUGUCCAGGCCAAGGCUCUGUUUCCACAGGCCAAGCCGGGGGUCAGCUAUCAUGCGCGCAUUGCUCCCAAUCACUUAAAUGUGUUUAUCAACCUGGCGAAUCUUAUAGCCAAGAAUCAAACGCGUCUGGAGGAGGCUGACCAUCUCUAUCGCCAGGCUAUCAGCAUGAGGAGUGACUAUGUUCAAGCUUAUAUCAACCGCGGAGACAUUCUCAUGAAGCUGAAUCGCACCGCCCAGGCCCAGGAGGUGUACGAGCAGGCCCUGCUGUAUGACAACGAGAAUGCGGACAUCUACUAUAAUCUGGGCGUGGUCUUCCUGGAGCAGGGCAAGAGCCAGCAGGCCCAAGUGUACUUCAACAAGGCGAUCGAGCUGUAUCCGGAACACGAGCAGGCGCUGCUUAACUCAGCCAUUCUCCUGCAGGAGCUAGGUGGCGAGGAGGCGCGCAGGGUGUCCCGCUCACGCCUUUAUAAAGUACUUGCCAAGGAUGAUCAGAACGAGAAGGUGUACUUCAACUUGGGCAUGCUGGCUAUGGAUGAAUCGAGCUUUGAUGACGCUGAGCAAUUCUUUAAGAGGGCCAUCCACCUUAAGUCUGACUUCCGUAGUGCUCUAUUUAAUCUGGCUUUACUGCUGGCGGAUACAAAGCGGCCCCUGGAUGCGGUGCCGUUCUUAAAUCAACUGAUCCGACAUCACGCCUCGCAUGUGAAAGGUCUGAUCCUGUUGGGCGACAUUUAUAUCAACCACAUGAAGGACCUGGAUGCGGCUGAGAAGUGUUAUCGAAGCAUACUUCACUAUGAUCCCCACAACACCCAAGGGCUGCACAACCUGUGUGUGGUGUUUGUGGAACGCAAAAGGCUUGCGAAGGCCGCUGCCUGUUUGCAGUAUGCCCAGCGCUUGGCCCCCGCCGAGGACUAUAUUGGUAGGCAUUUGCAGAUUGUCUAUGCACGGCUGCAGAAAAUCAACAAGUUACCUGAAUCGGCGCCAGAGCGAAAGCUCGCGUACGAGGACUAUGAUCCUCUCGAGUUUAAACUCCCCCAGAACCGACCGACGCAUAAGCCUCGUAAAAGGUCGUAGCAGAAGUAGGCUUCAAUCAAACAGCACUUAUAAGCAUGUAUAAAGACACAAGUUGAGUUAAAGGGAACGAAUAGUCCCAAAUUCUGUGAAAUAUGCAGAGUCUGAUUAUGAUAACACAAAGUGAAAUAGUGGAGCAUUCCACAGAAUUCCGUUGUACUUAUUAGUUAUUAUUGUAAUACUUCGAUAAUAUACUCAUUUUUGAGAUAUUUUUUGGUAUUUGCAAUUUUUUUGUAACAACUGACAUUUCUUUUGUAAAUAUAUUAUCUAAUUUAUAUGUGGAGGGCUCGCAGUCUUGCAUUUACCAAAAUAAGGUAAUGAUGUGUACUAAAAUAAAUAAUACAAAU